UCUCGGAACCUUUCUGUUGGGGAUCUUUUGCAGUGGGGACCGGAAAAGAGGAGGGUCCUUUGGGACUUUGUUGGGCGGUCGUCCGUUGAGCGGCUCUGGGGGUCGCUUUUUAGGAGUGCUGAGGCCUGGUUUCCGGGCACGCAAGAUGACAGCCCGCGCCUAACCUCGUCGCCGGAGAACUAUCUCAAUGGGACUCAACCAGUAAAACAAGGGAUUUUCAGUGAAUACAACAUCAUGUGGUUCAAAUCCUAUAGGAUGGCUUUUACCUGCUUGAAUAGGCUGAAAAAUUACAGGUACCCUUGGACAAGGCAGUACAGUACUUCUCAAACCACUGUGGACAGCAGUGAGAUAAAAACCUUCCUGACCCUGGCUCAUAAGUGGUGGGAUGAACAAGGAGUGUAUGCACCUCUUCAUUCUAUGAACGACCUGAGGGUACCAUUUAUUAGAGACAAUCUUUUAAAAACAGUUGCUAAUCACCAGCUAGGAAAACCCUUGUCUGGGAUGAAGAUUCUUGAUGUUGGCUGUGGUGGUGGAUUGUUAACUGAACCUCUGGGUCGGCUUGGGGCUUCAGUUAUUGGAAUUGAUCCUGUGGAUGAGAACAUUAAAACAGCACAGUGCCAUAAAUCAUUUGACCCAGUCCUGGAUAAGAGGAUAGAGUACAAAGUGUGUUCCCUGGAAGAGAUUGUGGAAGAGACUACAGAGACAUUUGAUGCCGUAGUAGCUUCUGAAGUUGUAGAACAUGUGAUCGAUCUAGAAACAUUUAUACAGUGCUGCUAUCAAGUGUUAAAACCUGGUGGUUCUUUAUUCAUUACUACAAUCAACAAAACACAGCUGUCCUAUGUCUUGGGAAUUGUUUUUUCAGAGCAAAUUGGAGGUAUUGUACCAAAAGGUACUCAUACCUGGGAGAAGUUUGUUUCACCUGAAAAGCUAGAGAGCAUUCUGGAAUCAAAUGGUCUUUCAGUCCAAAUUGUGGCAGGAAUGGUCUACAACCCCUUCUCAGGUUACUGGCAUUGGACUGAAAAUACCAGCAUUAACUAUGCAGCUCAUGCUGUGAAAUCCUGGAAUCAGGAAAACCCGGUAUCUGCCGAGCUUGUUUUAAAAGGAGAAACAGAAGAAUUCCAAGCUGAAGCCUCCACCAACCCAGAUGUGCAUGAAAAGCUGAAGAAAUGAAUUACUUUUAAGGACUCUAGCAAUAUGACUUGAAAUUCUGAUGCUUACAAGUAUAAAAAAUAUAGAAUUUACCCUUUGAGAGAAGAUCAUAAAGAAAAGAAAUAAUGAGGACUAAAAGCUU